GCGACUCUCUCCGGGAGCGGCGGCCGAGGCCGGAAGCGGUGGAGCUGCUGCUUCCCUCCCGUAACACCCCCCCGAUUUACCCGCACGGGAAGGUGGUGAGUGAGCCGCGACCUGCGCCCGGCUUCUGCCCCACUCCCCCCGCGCUCAGCCUCCCCGCGGGGGCCGGAGGUUCAGCGGCCUGCAGCCCCGCCAGAGCCGCGCCACCGGAGAGCGGCUGGGAGAGGGAAACGUCUAGGCCCCGUCCGGGGCGGAGAGGGCCCCGGGGGAACAGGAGGACUCACAGGAUUUGUUCUUAUCCCUUUCAAUGGAGAGUGACUGUACAGAUCAAUAAUGAGGACCAGCCCUCGCAGGCCCUUAAUUCUCAAAAGACGGAAGCUGGCCCUCCCACAGAAGAAUACCUCCAGCAGUACUUCAGCAAGAGAUGAGAGCAGUGGUCAGGAUGAGAAGGCUCCUAAGCAGGAGCAGAGCCAGGAGGACCAACACAACAGCCAACACGGAGGGAAAACGGAAUGUGGCCUGCAGAAAUUCCCAGCAGGAAUAAAGAUAGUUGACCAUCCUACAAUGCCCAACACGCAAGUGGUGGCCAUCCCUGCAAAUGCUGAUAUCCAGAGCAUCAUAGAGGCACUGACAGCAAAAGGAAAAGAAUGUGGCAGCAAUGGGCCCAACAAGUUCAUUCUCAUUAGCAGUGGGGGCACGACCCGUUCAGCAGGUCCGACGCCAUCACAGCAUCUCCCAUUACAGAAGAAACCCCUUGCAUCAACCAAGGCUGCAGAUGGUCAAGAAAGAGAGAAGAAUGUUGCACAGACAACUGGUCUUGCAGGAGGAACGACACUCUGGCAUUCAGGAAUUGAUUCUGGUGUUGGACAGGAACAGGAGAGCAACAGCAAUGGCGAGACAACGAGCUCCGUGUUGGACAGUAGUCUCACUAACAUCCAGUGGCUGGGGAAGAUGAGAUCUGAUGGGCUAAGUCCCUGUUCUGUGAAGCAAGACAAAGAGAAAGAGAAUCAGAUACCUUUGUGGGAAAGAAUCAAGACUGAAGAAGAUUCUGCUGCUGCUGCUAUUCCUACUACUGCUGCCACUGCCACCACCUCCUCAUGGCAGGAAUCAGUGUCGGAACGACCUCCUUACUCUUACAUGGCCAUGAUCCAGUUUGCCAUCAACAGCACUGAGAAGAAGCGUAUGACUCUGAAGGACAUCUAUACCUGGAUUGAGGAUCAUUUUCCUUAUUUUAAACAUGUGGCUAAGCCAGGUUGGAAGAACUCCAUUCGGCACAACCUGUCCCUUCAUGAUAUGUUUGUCCGUGAGACAUCUGCUAAUGGUAAAGUCUCCUUCUGGACUAUUCACCCUGAUGCAAAUCGUUGCCUAACAUUGGACCAGGUAUUUAAGCCACUGGACUUGGGGUCACCAACAUCGCCUGUGCACUCUGAAUCACAGCAGAAGCGACACCUUCCAGAUCCCCAGAAGAACACGGGGAGCAACUGCAGCAACAAAACUGAACCCCAGAAUGCACGCCGAAAGAUGAAACCUUUGCUUCCUCGCAUCAACUCCUACCUGGUUCCAAUCCAGUUUCCUUUGAGUCAGCCUCUUGUCUUGCAGCCUUCUAUGAAGGUUCCUCUGUCCAUGGCACAAGGAGCAUCCCUCAACAGCUCAGAGACUUUCUGGAGCAAUAAGCGUGUGCGCAUUGCUCCAAAGAUGUCAUUCUCUGCAGAAGAGUCAUCCUCUUUACCUAUGGUUGCUGUCAAGGAGGAGAGUCAGUGUGAUGAAGGUUUAUUUUCCCCAACUCAUUCCUUGAAGGACAGCAGCUCCCAGCCUGGUGAGGAAUCAGUUUCUCUCCCUGAGGGCAUCUGUAUCAAGGAGGAAGAAGGCUCUCAGCUGGAUGACUGGCCAUCACCAUUUGCCUCAACAACCCUGACGGUAAAGGAAGAGCCAGGUGUGUUCCUCUCAGCCUCAUCCACAGAGGAGAAGAAACAAUUCACCAUAUUGAAGCCACCCUCUAAGAGUGUUUCUGACACCUUAGUUAUAAAGAGGCGGGAAAGGUGGGAAAUGGGCAGAUCCAGAAGGAAACAACGCCUGGCGCUGCCUCGCUCGGAAGAGCCUGUCCUUGUUUUGCCAGAAAGCAACAGCUUUGACUCUUUCCAAGCAGGGGCUGACCGCCCCUUCCUGCAGGAAAGCCAGCCUCUGGAGAAUGUAUCGCAGCUCAGCUGCUCGCAGGGGGAAGAGGGGCCCUUUAAAACACCAGUCAAGGAAAUGUUCAGCAAAUUGCCCGUUUCUUCCACUCCCAGCAAAGCCUCAGCAACUACUACUCCCCCUCUAGGGGGUCUUGAGCCUUGGAAAUCUGCAUCCUUAGACAAGGGAAGUCACGAGCUGGACUUCAGUCCGGUGAGAACUCUUCAGUUGCCAUUCACACCUGUCCAGGAGAACCAGGACUUGCUGGGUUUUAACAGCACCCCCCUUAAAAAUCCCCUUUUUGAGUCGCCUCGGGAACUGCUGAAUACAGAGUCUAGUGACGUGGUGCACGCCCCCCUCACGAGUUCUCCAGCUUUUCUUCACGAAUCCACUCAGCGAUCGUCGGUUGAACUGCCAACUUCUGGCUUUACUGAAAACCGCUCUCUCAUGGAGGGCCUGAUCCUGGACACCAUGAAUGACAGUCUGAGCAAAAUCCUUCUAGAUAUCAGCUUUCCUGGUCUUGAGGAUGAAAACUUAGGAACGGACAUUAGUUGGUCUCAGCUCAUCUCUGAACUGAAGUAAACUGUCCCAAGGGCUGAAUUUAACUCGUUCUGAUAUUACAGAAAGCACUCUGCUCUCCUGAGAUCUGUUCAUGCAGUCUAGGAAGGCUGUCUCCUUUGGACUAAUUGCUUAAUCCAUGGGAACAGAGGACAUUGUUGACUCCUAAGCUGGGAGAGAGGCCCAUUGGGUGCUAUGAGCUCCCUUUAUAAGCUGCAAUAGACUUUUAUGUGGAACGAGAUAGAACCUUUCUAACCUCAUGCUAGAGAUGAGAGUCCCUGGAGGUGAGGUGUCACCAAUAGAACAUCUAGGUAGGCCCUGAAUGCCAUUUGCUACUCCAGCUGUUAGAGGAAACGGAUGCACUCCUCAGUUAUGUACAAUAGGAAAGAGUCGAGGAAUCUACUCCUAGUUCCUUCUGCUUUGUUCUCCUAUUACUUAAUAUCCUCGAUGUAGUUUUAAUGACUGUAAAUACUGUACAUUCCUUAAAUUAGCCCUUAAUUAUAAUAAUAAUUAUUAUUAUUUUAUUCUUGUAGAGUUAUUGGAAUAUUUGGGCUGGUAAAUGGUUUGACUUAAAGUGUUAUCCAUAUGUUUCACAUCUCCUGUAUUCUUCUACCCUAGAUGAGAGCCCAAAAUGUCUCUUGUUUUUGUUGCCCCCCUCCCCCCUUUGACUUCAAAAAUAUAUCAGUCUAGGCUGUUCUGAAGGUUGCUGCGGCAGAGAUCUGAAAAAUCACCUAUAUGUAACUCAAAUCAAACUGCAAAACAUUGUUACCUGGAUUGCAGCAUAAAAUCUUGCUUUGGCUUCUUUUACCCAGGCCAGAAUGGAGAGCUCGGAUCAAGCCCUAGUCUGUGUCCAGAGUCUUAUUAUUUGCUUAGGGGAUUAGGUAGGGUCACUUUUGCAGUAAGAUGGACUUCUAUGGAAUGGUUAAAGCUGCUGUCAUCACAAUCAUCAGUUGAAAAUGUAAAAAAAAAAAAAAAAAAAAGUCCCUA